AUGCGCUCGCAAACUCACGCUGGUUGGACAAAGGCUAUUGACUUACUCCAUCUUCGAGCUUCUACAAGUCGUCGCCUCUCACCUACAAUACUUUUAAGACGACGAAGCGCCAUAUCUUGGCGAGGCAGACCAGACAACUUUCGCGACAACUACCGCAACCCCACCCUACAGCUUCUCGCAAGCUUUCUGAACGGACGCGUCGACAUGCCGGCGGAAAGGCAGGACACGUCCUUGAGCGCAUCAAGGUCGAAGAAGCGCAAGGCGGAUAAGGACCUGCAGAGAUACUAUGCUGUGCGCGUCGGUCUCCGGCCUGGUGUUUAUCUGACUUGGCUCGAAUGCCAGAAGCAGACUGCCGGCCAAAAAGGAGCACAAUACAAGUCCUUCUUCUCACGCGAAGAGGCCCAGGCCUUCGUGGAAGGCAAGUUCAUACCUAACCCAGCCGGUGAAAAGCCUGCCCCCCCAAGAUACUAUGCCGUCGCGCGUGGGAGCUUCACGGGCAUUUUCAACGACUGGGACACUGCUUCGUUGGCAAUUGCAGGAACCAAGGGACCCAAAUACAAGAGGUUUGACACCUACACGGGUGCUUUGGAGUUCAUCAGGCUAUGGGGCAACGAGGACACGAUUGCCGGCGCCGAGGCGGGUGCCCUGAACGCUGGCAUCAAGAUUGAGCCAAGGAAGCCCAUUAUUAGUGCCUCGACGAAGGUUACGGAGGUGAAGAAGGAGACGGAGGAGGAGACGAAACAAGAGAUACUGGACUUGCCGCAGAUUUAUACCGACGGAAGUUCUUUGGACAACGGCAAAUCCUACGCCAAGUCCGGCGUGGGCGUCUACUUUGGACCCAAUGAUCCUAGGAACGUCUCUGAGCGCCUGGAGGGCAACCCGCAAACAAAUCAGCGAGCAGAACUCACCGCCAUCCUUCGAGCCCUCGAGGCCACCUCGGUCACGCAAGACGUCCAAAUCUGGACUGAUAGCAAAUACUCAAUUAACUGCGUAACGACAUAUUAUAAAAGGUGGGAGACCAACAAUUGGAAGACACAGGGUGAAGAUGUCAAGAACCAGGACUUGAUUAAGGCGAUACGCGAACAUCUCAGCAGGCGAGAUGCUGCAGGAACGAUAACGAGUAUCAACUGGUGCAAGGGCCACAGCAACAACCCGGGCAAUGAAGCUGCGGAUGAGCUCGCCGUCGCCGGUGCGAGGAAGCCUUUGCCGACGAAAUCAAGAAGAAAGCUCAAGUGA